CCGGCCGCGGCCGCUCCCGCCUGGAGCCGCCGCGCGCCCCCAGCCCCCCGGCGCCCCCGCGGCCCCUCGCCUUCCUCUUCCCGGCGCGGCCCCCGGGCUUCCGCGCCCCGCCCGCCGCCAACCCGCUCGCCACCAUGUCCGUGGAGCUGGAGGAGGCGCUGCCGCCGACGACCGCCGAGGGGGCGGCCCGGAGGGCGGCCAAGGCCGGCGGCCCCGCCGCGCCGGCCGCGGCCAAGAAGAAGCGGAGCAGCCGGAAGAAGAGCCAGCCGGGCAAGUACAGCCAGCUGGUGGUGGAGACGAUCCGCAGGCUGGGCGAGCGCGGCGGCUCGUCGCUGGCGCGCAUCUACGCGGAGGCCAGGAAGGUGGCGUGGUUCGACCAGCAGAACGGGCGCACCUACCUCAAGUACUCGGUCAAGGCGCUGGUGCAGAACGACACGCUGCUGCAGGUGAAGGGCACCGGCGCCAACGGCUCCUUCAAGCUCAACCGCAAGAAGCUGGAGGGCGGCGGCGAGCGGCGCGGGGCCUCGGCCGCCGCCGCCCCGCCGCCCGCCGCGCACAAGGCCCGGAAGGCGGCGCCGGGGCCGCGGCGCGCGGACACGAAGGCGGCCAAGGGCCCGAAGCCGGAGAAGCGCGCGCACAAGAAGGGCGCCGCCGCCAGGAAGGACAAAGGCGCCAAGGCCAAGAAGGCGGCGGCCGCGGGGGGCGCGAAGGUGAAGAAGGCGGCCAAGCCCAGCGUCCCCAAGGUGCCCAAGGGCCGCAAGUGAGCGCGCCGCCCGGCCGCGCCCCCGGGUGCAUGUAGGGUUCGUGCGCUCGCCCGGCCGGGUCCCCCGCCGCCCCCGCUCCGAGCCGCGCGGGGGGCCCGGGCCCCCCGUCCUCUCCGCCCCCCCGCCCCCCCGCCGCCGCCGGAGCGGGAUUUUUUGUUGUUGUUUUCGCUUUAGAUUUUUGAAACGGCCUGGCGACGCCUCCAUUGGCUCGCGCCCUUGGCAACGGCUGUCUCCAUGGUAACCGGCCCCCCGGCGCCAGUGGCCGAGGCCGCGCCCGCCAGCCGGGGCGGGGUCCGCGGGGCAGCCGGGCCACGGUGUCCCGAUGCGCCGCCGCCGCCGCCCCCCCCCCGCUCCUCCCCGCCCCCGGGUGCGCGACCCGCAACCUCGGGGCGCGGCGCCGCGCGGCCUCCCCUUUCUCCCGGUGGCCUUUUUGGGGCACAAUAAAUUGUUUAAACCUUUGA